AAUGAAGCAACAGAACACAGUUAACUUGACAGAAGUCUAGACACAGGUAUCAAACAGUCAACCGUGGAUCACAGCUGAAUCUUCUUCUUUUGGUCAAAAGGGUACAGCAUGUCCGAAAUGCAUGACGACAUCUUCACAAAGAACUUUCUGAACCUGGCCCUGGAUGAUGCCUUGCUCUUGGCACAGCCUCCACUCAAAGUCCCAGGGCAGAAUCGUCUGAACCGGUCAGCCUCCUUCUUCUCUCCCCCCUCCCCUCCUGCCUCCUCGAGCCACAGCUUGAGCACAGAGCAUGUUAACAAUGACAACGGCAGUCAAUUAUGGCUGUCCAACAUCUGGAGCCAGGGCCCGGUUUCCAAACCGAAACAGCUCCCUUUCAGGCCCGACCGCUCCAUGAGCCUGACAGAAGCCAGCAGCGACCUGUUCUCCUUGAGACAGCUGAAGAACCUGGAGGCUUUCCCCUCAGGCCCUGCUACUACUGUGGCUCCACCGCCGGGCUUUCCUCCCUCAUCUGCCCUCCCACCCCAGGUUCAACCAAUGGUGUCCCCUAACCGUUACAAGACUGAGCUGUGCCGUGGCUUCCAGGAAACUGGCAGCUGCAAGUAUGGCAGUAAGUGCCAGUUUGCCCAUGGCGAGGCAGAGCUGCGAGGACUGUACCGCCACCCCAAGUACAAGACAGAGCCCUGCAGAACCUUCUACAACUUUGGGUACUGCCCUUAUGGCUCACGCUGCCACUUCAUCCACGAGGACAAAAUCAGCGGAGCUCCGUUAACAUCUGCCACGUUCCAAAAUCAGCAGCAACCAACUCCUGGUCGCCACCAGCUCCGCCAGAGUGUCAGCUUCGCCGGAUUCCUGGCACGCAGCUCACCUCCUCCAUCAUUCCCUUCAUCCUUCAAUGAUCCUAACCUGGGGUUUAGCCGUGCUCCGUCUGUUUCUCCACCUCCUCCUGAUCUCCUCUCCCCAGUGUUUGGUGACUCCCUGCCAAAGGAGGGAGCAGCAUUCCAGUUUGGCAACCAUCAGACCCGUGCCAGCACUGGAGACAUCCACAACAUUCCUGUCAUCCUGGAGCCAAAGGCCUCACAAUGUGUGUGUGGCCAUGGAAAUAAUAACUUUAAUAGCAACAACAGCAGAGUCUUCACCAGCAUGGAGGACGAGCACCAUAAGGACAGCAGCAAGCUGUUUCCUAGCCCUGGUGGCCACGGAGGAUUUGUGAGGCCUGCUGGACUCCACCGUUUCUCCUCUGAAGACUCCCUGGAGGACAGCUACAGCAGCAGCAGCGGAGGUUCCAGUGGCAGUGAGUCUCCAACAUUCGACGGCUCAGCAACCAAGAGGCUCACUGUGUUUGAACGUCUCUCCCUGUCUGACUAAACGGAUCCAAAGGGAAAGAACAGAAGAGAAUUGAAACCUUGUAAACGGUGUCUGUUUAUCUGGACUUUCUUCAGAACCAGAACUUAUCAGGACAAGUCAGCUGUUGAUGACACAAUAACACUUAAAGUUCUUAAUUUAUGUUUGUAAAAUGCAACUUGUCUUGGAUAAACUAGACAUACCAAGAUGAUUUUAGUACCCAAAUGUUAUCAGACUCUAUUUUUAUAUUUAAAAAUACUGUGUAGCCUAUAAGACCUUUUGUAUGUGGUCUUCUGUAAAAAUUAACGCAGUUCUUGACAGUUCCAGUAAAUAGUCUGGUUUGUACCUACCGUAAAUCCGUAGUGAUCAAAAUGGCUUUUCUAUAGUGAUAAUCAUUAAUUACUGUGCCUUAAAGAUUGUCCCUGCCUCAUAGGCUAUUUACUAUCGGUGCCACAAACAGUAUGUUUGAUUCAGUAGCCUUAAUCAGUGAGACCUGACAUGUGUCACUGAUGCCAUUUGAUCUGUGAUAUGCACUUUACAGCUAAUUCAAAUGGGAGAAAUUGUCAAGUCUCCCAGUAGCAUUCAAACCAAAGCUUCAUACUUCACUCUGCUCUGUGUGUGUGUGUGUGUGUGUGUGCAUAUGUUUGUCUGUAGUAUAUAUGCGUGUGUGUCUAGUUGUAUGUGUGUAACCUUGUCAUUUUUCUGAGACCUGGGGUGCAGGGUAUGUGUGAGUUGCAGAAUGCUGAAAGAUCAAAGUGUGCUGAUAGAAAAAUGUAUGUCAAGUGAGUUAAGAUCUGAAUAUCUGUAUCCUGACACACUUAAGAUUUAGUUCUGUAAAAAAUUCUUUGCUAGUUUGUAAAUUGCACCCACCUUCCAUUGUCCCUCGUUUGUUUGAAAACCUGGUUCAGGGACUUUAACACCGCAGUAUUUCUUUCGGUUAUUGGUUGCCUUUGUGUUGUUUAACUUAAACUAAUAUAUUUAUUAUGAUAUUUAUUUGUGUCUGCAGAAAAAAAAUGUAUUUUGUACUUUAUUUAUGGACACAUAUUUCAUGGUCUGUGAAAUACCAAUGUGAGAAAAAGCAGUAAAAAAGAGAAUCUUAUAUUUUUAAUUGCCCGAAAAGGACAAAAUAAAGUUCUGAUUAAAGAAA